AAGUUGAGAUGGUCAGGUUUGGCAGCUCGACAGAAAACUGCAGCUCUCCAAUGACCAGAAGCAGUCGACUUAGCUCGCCCUUGAGUGAGCUUGAAGCUCUUCCAAUAGCAUUUUCUUAUGACGGCCCCCCUGGGCAUCGAAUUCUACAUCUGAGGCCAACGCCCGAGCAGUGGACCGACUUUCCCGCCCUGCUUGCUUUCGCACGGAGCCUUCACGCCGAGCAAGACGGUUGCUUCAAGAUCGUGCUUCCCAAGGAGCUUCAGGAACCGCUUCCGGAAAAGAAGUCGCAACAGGCCCCUGCAAAUGCGUAUCGUAUCCGCCAGACGAAUCAUCGGACGUUCUGGCAGGUUAGCACAGUUCCAAGCGAUGGCACCUUUUCUUCUUCCGAGCCGGACGCCGAGCUUUCGGCAACUGCGGAGGAAUGUUUCAAAAGACUGAAAAGGCUCUUUAACAAGAGCAUUGAUAGGCAAUUGCGGCAUAUUCGGUACCGUGUGGACGUUCCUGCGUGGACUGCAAAGCAGAGACUGGAAGCAGGCGUUCCGGAACGGAGUCCAAUCCAUCCCCUAGCGGGGGACAAGUUGGAUCACACAAGGGCAAUCAUUCCCGGAGUUCAUACGCCCUAUGUCUACGAAUCUGCCCAGCACUUUGGAGCUACCUUUCAGCUCCACGCCGAGGAUUUCCGCUUGUCGUCGCUGAACCAUCUAUACAAGGGCCGGAAGAUAUGGGUAGUGGUUCCGUCUACGGCCGUUGACAUUGCUGAGGAGGCCCUUAACCGGAAGGGCAGGUGCUCCCAGUUUAUGCGUCAUCGCGCCGAGUUCUUCUUCCCAGACAAGCUGCAGAAAAUGGGCAUCCCGUACCGCAUUGUUGAUCAGCGCCCUGGCGAAACCAUUGUCAUAUUGCCAGAUGCGUACCAUGAGGGUUUCAGCACCGGCUACACGCUGGCCGAGGCCAAGAAUUAUGCAGAUGCUGAAUGGACAUCCGCCACGUAUCAGCCAUGCGAGUCGAGUUGUCAGUUGGCAACGGCCAUUCCAGAGGAGUACAUGCGGCCUUUGAAAGAAGGAGAAGCGCGACUCGACCUGUUCGCUCAAGCGACGGACGGAGUGUGA